UCUCUGCUCUCGCAGUCAUUUCCAACCGCGUUUAUGUGGACCAAAAAUCCAACCGCUUGAGCGCCAAUAAAUUAACACAAAAUCCCGGCUCUCACUCGAGCGCUCGACUCCUCUCUCUGGGCAGUAUCUUGUGAAGUUCUCGGUGUCCUACCGAGACAGCGUUGGAUUGAAGGGUGGCAUUUGAAUUACGCUGGGGAACCUGCAGAAAGGAAAGACAUCAUGCUAUCUUGUUCGAUGCUGGGUUUUCGCCAAAGGGAAAAUAUGAGGGAGAUUCAACUAGGUUCUCACACAGUGCAAUCUCAUGGAGUUAAAAUGGCAAAAAUACAUAAGCAUGACUGGUUUAUUGUCAUUUUUCUUAUGAUGACGGUGGUCACUUUGAAUUUUAUUCAUCCAUUUUACCGCUUUGUUGGAAAAGAUAUGAUGACAGAUCUGAAAUACCCACUGAAAAGUAACACCGUGCCAGUAUGGGCUGUUCCAAUGAUUUCAGUAAUGUUGCCGGCUGCUGUUUUUCUUGCUGUAUAUUUUCUUAGGAGAGAUGUUUACGAUCUGCAUCAUGCAAUACUAGGCCUCCUUUUCUCCGUGCUGAUAACUGGAGUUAUAACUGAUGCACUUAAGGAUGCAGUUGGUAGACCUCGUCCUGACUUUUACUGGCGCUGUUUUCCUGAUGGAAAGGAGUUGUAUGAUAAAGUGACAGGAAAAGUUAUUUGUCAUGGAGAUAGAAGUCUCUUAAAGGAUGGACACAAGAGUUUUCCUAGUGGUCAUACUUCAUGGUCCUUUGCAGGUCUUGGUUUUCUUGCAUUAUAUUUGUCAGGGAAAAUCAAAGCAUUUGAUCAAAGGGGUCAUGUGGCAAAACUUUGCAUCGUAUUUCUUCCUCUACUUUUUGCAUCCCUUAUUGGAAUAUCAAGAGUGGAUGACUAUCGGCAUCAUUGGCAGGAUGUAUUUGCUGGUGGUCUUCUAGGUAUUAUAAUGGCUACAUUUUGUUAUUUGCAGUUCUACCCUGCCCCUUAUCAUACUGAUGGUUGGGGACCGUAUGCAUACUUCCAGAUGCUGGCGGAGUCACGAGCCAGUGGCAGUGCAACUAAUGCCGCAAACCAGCAACCUGAAGGUAGCAAUAACAACAGAUUGCCUGGAGCAUAUCAUAAUAAUAGGACUGGAGCAAAUGAUUUAGAGUCUGGUAGGUUGUGAAGCAAUGCUGUACUCUGACAAGUAGAACUGGUGACGUUUACAGAUAGCCUCUAACUCGUCCCUUGUAAAUACGGGCAACUGCAAGGCUAAACGUGGAAAAAGAAAGGAGUGUUUAAUCAUGUUAGUUACGAACUAGUGCAUGAAUUCUGCUGAACUGGUCAGAAUGUUGGAAGUUUCACUAACUAUUUUAUGCUAUAGUAUGAUCCUAAGGUAAAGCUACUAUUAGUAACUGUUGCUCGUUUGUAGUUCCCAAAUGAAUUGUUUGCUCUUUCA